AAAAAAAACAAGAGUACAUGGAAACUCAACGACUUCUUAAAUUCCCAAACCCUCGCCUCCGUGGCUCCGCCAUUCUGUAUGCCCUUAAGGCUGAAGCUGAAGGUCACUGAAACCAAGUGUCAAUAAUGGCUUACAGACGGAGUAUAUCUACAAGAGCGGAGCUGUUUUACCAGCAGCAACGGUUUGCACCAUCCUUUUCCCACUUACAGCGCGAUGAUGAUCGGAAAAACCACCCUGAAUCCUGCUCGGAAAACCCUAAAAUAUUUCGUUAUCUUCAGCACAGUUGCUCUGGCAACGGCGUUAGCGGCACCAGAAACUCAUUUGUGGACAGGAGAUUUUGUGCUCCCAUGAGUUUGGGGGGUUGUCUGGUUAGGAAUAUGUCUACUGGGGUUGGAGAGGGAGUGGACAAGAUAGAGUAUAUGUCGGACAUUGCGGAUGUGCUGAGUGAUAAGGCUGUUGAGGUAGUGGCUUCGCAAGCCCCGGUGGUGAAUGAAGUGGCAAUCGCGGCUGCAGACUCGUUUUUGCCUGUGGCUGUAUUGCAACACUUGAUUGAUUAUGUCCAUUGCUAUACCGGACUUAAUUGGUGGGCAUCAAUUAUUGCAGCAAGUUUUAUGAUUAGACUGAUCACUCUGCCACUGAAUAUUCAUCAGCUCAAAGCCACUUCAAGAUUAACUCUUUUGAGGCCAAAAUUGGAUGCAAUAAGAGAAGACAUGCAAAACAGGGGAAUGAGUCCUUCAGCUGUGAGUGAGGGUCAGCAAGAAAUGAAGAAGCUGUUCAAUGAAUAUAAAGUUACCCCCUUUACUGCCUUGAAGGGAAUUUUUAUUCAAGGCCCCAUCUUCGUCUGCUUUUUCCUUGCUAUUUCUAACAUGGCAGAAAAAGUCCCUUCUUUUAAAGAGGGUGGAGCAUUCUGGUUUACUGAUUUGACUACUCCUGACAGCAUGUAUAUUCUUCCAGUUUUAACAGCAUUGACAUUCUUGAUUACAGUUGAGUUUAAUGCACAGGAAGGAUUGGAAGGAAAUCCUGCUGGUCCCACCAUUAAGAAAGUUUCAAGAAUCUUUGCUCUACUGACUGUCCCAUUGACCGCUUCCUUCCCAAAGGCUAUAUUCAUGUACUGGAUUACCUCCAAUCUUUUCUCCCUAACUUAUGGAAUGGUACUUAAAAAGCCGGAAAUGAAGAAGCUCUUGGGUAUACCUAUAAUCCCGGUGGCACCACCAUCUCCUGCCAGUCAAAAACCCGGAUUCUCUUUUUUCGAAGCGUUAAACAAGUAUUCUGCAGCACAACAACAGGCUCAAUCGGCAUCAACUAAUGAAACAUCCAUACCUACAAACCAAAGAGUGCCACCAUCCUCGGUUCUCAGUCAAAGGAUCAGAAGCUUAGAGAAACAAGUUAAAGAAAAGAAGAAAGGCGGCAAGAAGAGGUGAUGAACACCAAACUCGGACAAAUUUACAAUAUCACUAUUGUCUUCUCCUUAAAAUUCAUUUACAAAUAAUGUUCACCACUUCAUCCAUUAAAAUGUCCAUAAUAAUUGGAUAAUGAUAGGGAGGAAUUUCCGAGAUUUUGACAAUUUUGUAGUUUUGUUCCCCGCGACCGCGAGUGAUGGCCUAAGGGGGCUUCUUUUUAUCCUUAUAUGUAGUCAUGUAGACCUCAGCCAUAACAAUAUAGUGAUGGUAGGAAAUUAUUGUUGUUUUUAUACAUCUGUGGUCCUUUUGGGGCCAUUGAGAAGGUUUCAGUGGCAUCUGACAUUUAUUCAUCAUUGUAACAAUGAAACUUAUGAAAGGGGCCUUUAUAGGCUGAAGAGUAGUAGUGGUUUUUAAUUUGUAAGGAAAGCACUUGAUG